AAUGCUCUGCGGAUUGACUAGCGGAAGUUUUAUUUUAUUUGUGUGUUAUAUUCAAACAAUGAAGCUUAAAAGUUAAUUUUUCGUAUGCUUGAAAUUCGGGGUUUCUUGGUUAUUUGUGAAACGUUAUUUAAAUAUGGCGUCCAGUGACAGAGGCUCUGAGGAGGUGGAUGGAGACAGUUGUGGAUCCUCGCCAGAGUUGGACCGCAACCCUUCACCUCCACCUGAGGAAGAUGAGACUGAAGCCACCGAGGAGGCGGACGCCAUUGGCCAGACCAUUUACAGCAAGCACUGGCUUUUCAGCACCCUGACCCGCCUAAUACAGAUGGUGUCGGAUCAAGAAUGUGGGCCGAGUGAUUCUUCAACAGAGCUGACGGAUGAUCUAGAAGAGGACUUGUGUAAAGUCUGGGAUAUGGCUAUGGAUAAGGACGUGGCCAUUUUUCUCCAGGAGUUCAAGGCUCCAGACAUCUUACUGGGUGUGAUUGCAAAGUCCCAUAAUCCUCGGCUCACUGAGAUCUGUGUUGGGAUUCUGGGUAAUAUGGCCUGUUUUCAUGACACGUGUGUUUCUCUCAGUCAGAACUCAGAUUUAGGCGCUGUUUUACUUCUGCUGCUCGGAGACAAUGACCCUCCAACACUUUUGGAAACCUGCAGGCUGCUGUUGACCUGUUUGUCUCAGGCUGACGUCGCCCCUGUGUGGCUGGAGAGGAUACGGCAGCAGUCGGCGGUGUGCAGCAGUCUGUGCUUCAUCAUGAGCAGCUCCACCAACGUGGAUUUGCUGGUGAAGGUUGGGGAGUUGCUGGAUAAGCUCUUCGAUGAGGAUGAGGAGCUGAUGAAGAGCUGGGUGUCCACCUCACACAGCGGGACUGACCUGCAGACAGACAACCAGCCGGACAUCCUGUCCUCUCUGCUGGAGGCCGCCAAGCAGCUCAGAUCAGAGAGUCCGGAGGCUCUGGAAGUGUAUCUGCAUUCACUUCAGCUGCUGACUACAGUAGAGGAGGGCAUGCAGGCUCUGGUUUCAGAUGAGUCGUGUGGUUCUGCAGUGUGGACGUUCGUCUGUGAGCUGCUCUGUGAGGAUUUCUGUCAGCCGGACGAUCCCCCGCUCAUCCUGCAGGAGCAGAAAGCUCUUCUGGCACCGGCACUCGCUCUACUGUCAGCGUUACACUCCAGCCUGCACACGCACAUCAGUGCAGAAUUAUUAGGAAGUCUUAUUCGCAUCCUGCAGUUCAAUGCUGAAAACCAUCAGAGUCACACUGCUGGAAACUCAGAGGAGAGUCACAGAGAUGAUGAUGAACAGCUCAAAGCUUUAGUUGAAACCACUGCUGAGUUUCUCUCUGACGUUCUUUUGGAGCUCCAGAAGGAUGUGUUACUUUCGGUGGUCAGGUCAGGUCAUCUGUCAGAGAAGAGCUGUGUUUCUGCUGUGAGCUGCCUGUUACCUCAACACACAGCAGCGGUCCAGCAUCUGGUUAGUUUAUUGUCAGACGUGAACCCCAUACUGUCAGACAUUAUAAAGAAAGAUUUCUCCAUUUCUUCCAACAAGUCGAGCUGAAAUGGUUCUGGGACACAAAAGACUGGAGAUGAGUUUACUAUCUUCUGUGAAUGGACUGAAUUGUGCUUUAGAUAGGAUACAUUAGCUUUCUUAGGAGAUGUUAUAUAAGUAUUCAUUUAAAUUGUGUAUGUUAUUGAUUGGUUUGUAUACUGCUGACAUCUCUGCUCACUAAACAUAACUUGUUUU